AUGAGUCUUUUUCAAACCAAAGUAAGAUUUUUAGGUCACAAUAGUGAAAAAGGAAAAAUUAUUCCUAUCAAUAGGAGUAUAGAAUUUGCUUCUAAAUUUGCUGAUAUUAUCACUGAUAAAACUCAGCUUCAACGAUUUCUUGGAAGCUUAAAUUAUAUUUCACCAUUUUAUAAAGACUUAGCAAAAAAUACAGCUAUUUUAUAUGAUAGAUUAAAAAAUCCAAAGCCUUGGACUGAUGAUCAUACCCAAGCCAUUCGUAGGAUUAAGGGAAAAGUUCAUAAUCUUCCUUGUCUUACUUUAGCCAAUCCUACUUGGCAAAAAAUUAUUGAGACAGAUGCUUCGGAUAUUGGCUAUGGAGGAAUAUUGAAACAGUAUUCCCUAGAUGAUAAACAAGAAUAUUUAGUACAGUUUUACUCUGGUAAAUGGAAUAAUAGCCAGAUAACUAUGCUACUGUUGCAAAAUUUAUGUUUUCUAAAGACUGUAAGCAUGAUGUUUCUAAAAAAAUGUUUGCAAGAUGGCAGGAUGAGGCCAUCAUUUAACCCCAGUUCUAAUAGAGGACGGGGAAGAGGAACAGCAUGA